AAAAUUUAAAAAAAUUAAAUUUUAUUAAAAAAAAUUUAAAAAAAAAAUUUUGUGAAAAAAAAAAUUAAAAUUAAAAAAAACUUGACAUUGAUCAGGAAUUGACAUCGACAUCGAUUUUGGGCGUAAAAGCAACAGUUUUCGCUAAUUUCGACGAAUUGACUAAAAUUUAGCAAAAUAAAUAAAUAAGGCAGGAGUAACAAUAAUAAUGUUUAACAUAAUCACGCAAAUCAUUGAGUAAAUGUGUAAAACACGCAAAACACGAUAAUUAUAAUUAAACAUCACAAAAGUGCGCGAAUUGUGGAGAGAAGCUGACACUAAAUAAUAAAAUAAUACAAAAUCACCAUGCUAAUAUUAAAAAUAAUUGAGUUAAUUCUAUUAGCUUUAAAUGAUGUGUUACCAACGCGAUCGCAUCAACAGAGACGCGGCGUGUUAUUUAUGUUGUAUUUGCCAACACUUGUUACACACGUUAUGAUGGAUGAGCCACGCUUUGCACAACCAAUCGCAAACGUAACGGUAGCAGUUGGACGGGAUGCCAACUUGCCGUGUGUCGUUGAGAACCUGGGAUCAUAUAAAGUGGCUUGGAUCCAUAUCGACCGACAAAUGAUUCUCACAAUCCAUCGUCACGUCAUCUCACGCAUCCCACGAUACAGUGUGACUUUCGAUAACUCAAACACGUGGGUGCUACACGUGAAAGAAGCCCAUCAGGAGGAUCGUGGCUACUACAUGUGUCAAGUAAACACCAACCCCAUGAUAAGUCAAGUUGGUUACUUGCAAGUUGUUGUACCACCCAACAUAUUAGAUAUCGAAAGUACACCAUCGUCUGUGGCAGUACGAGAAAACCAAAACAUCAACAUGACAUGUCGUGCCGAAGGAUUUCCCUCGCCCAAAAUUAUCUGGAGGCGGGAGGAUGGCCAAACGAUUACCGUUGAACGAAAGAGGAAGGUAAUGGUGUAUGACGGCGAGAUUCUGCACUUGUCGAAAGUCAGUAGGAACGAAAUGGGCGCCUACUUGUGCAUUGCAACUAAUGGCGUUCCUCCGUCGGUUAGUAAGCGAAUUAUUCUUGAUGUGGAAUUUUCACCUAUGAUCUGGGUUCCGAACCAACUUGUAGGCGCUCCAGCGGGCACAGAUGUGACGAUUGAUUGUCACACGGAAGCGCAUCCAAGAGCGAUCAUUUAUUGGGUGUAUAAUAGUGUGAUGGUGCUGCCAAGUAAAAAAUAUGUCAUUGAUUAUAACGAAAAUUCAUAUCGGGCACACAUGAAAUUAACAAUAAAGAGUUUGUCGGGUGGUGAUUUUGGAAAUUAUCGCUGCAUAUCAAAAAAUUCAUUAGGCGAAACAGAGGGCUCGAUACGAGUUUACGAAAUUCCCUUGCCAUCAACGCCGCCGAGCAAAGUAACACACACGGUUGAGUCGAAAGAAGGUCUACGAAAUGAGUCGUUGCGACCGACCCAACCUUCCUUGGCCUUCCCUGCGAAGCCAAUUGACACUAAUGUGAUAGACAGAGCGCCAAAUGCGAUUCCAAUUGAGCGGAAAGGCAACAGUCCCUUGGGGCAAAGUUUCGCCUAUACCGAUCAACCACCCAAAGAUGGGGGAUUUGGCGUUUUCAGCAGUGGUGAGAAAUUUUUCUCAUAUUUUUAAAAUAUUAAAAAAUUUAAUUUAAAAAAAUAUUUCAGCUUCAUCAUCAU